CGAGCCUGUUAUCAGUAACUAGUUCAAGGCGAACGAGGUAGCACCUUAACAUUAGACCAAGAUGACCGCUAAUAUCGAGAGAAAGGAGCCCACCUUGCACGGACACGGAAGCGAAAAUCGGAGCGUUGAAACAAGUCCCUGCGCUUCUAAUCAGAAACCCCGGAAUCAGAGCGAGCGGCUAGGUAGCGGCUCGAACGUAUAGCGGGUCUGCGCAAAGGGCGAGAGCGGAACCCGUGAUAGACGAAAACGGAGAGACAUGUUGCUACAGAUAACUGGGUUUUUCUCUAGAGAAUCGCGGAGAAUGGGGAUUCGACAAUGUACGCAGUAAUCCCCCUGAAUAUACUAAUUGAUUGGGAAUUGCAGAUAAUCGCGGAGGUAAGACAGGACCACUUGCAAGCUAUCGUUUAGUGGGAAAAAGACGAAAGACAGACUUCACGUCAAUGACUGUUGUGGCAGAAAAAAACCCACGGUGGAGUCAGCCAGUGCUGCGCUUUCCCAAAAUAUGACCAGCGGUGCUUGGAAGUGUCGGCAGCGAGAUGACGGCUUAAAAAUCUGGUUUGCACCCCGCGAGAACGAGAAGCCAUUCACCGACUCCGAGAGGGCCCAGCGAUGGCGACUGUCAUUAGCGUCCCUCCUGUUUUUAACCGUGUUGCUUUCUGAUCAUCUGUGGUUCUGCGCCGAGGCCAAAUCGACAGGGACCCGAGACAAGGAGCCUGACAAGUUAGCCUCAGUGGACACUGGUGCGUACCCGAGCGUAAACCCCAAACCCAAUCUCCCUCCAGCAAACAGCAGCCUCAGAAGAAACGAAGAUGCUAUUUUUAUAGAGAAUUCUACCAAACCUACGUGGAGUCUAGAAACUUGUCACGCGGAUAGUUUGUCCAAAAACUGCUUUACUUUUGUCAACGCUGACCACUUGUGUACGGGCCUUUCGGAAACGAACGGGACGCGGUCGGUGGACCUAAAGGAUUUGUACCUUUCCUUUUGUAACUCUUACUCUCUUAUGGAUCUGUUUAACGGGUCAAGUCCUGACAAUUUGACCUGCAGCCUUGACGUGAUAAUGAACGAUCUGUCCAGAUGCAGCCAGUGCGUCCAGGCGUACCAGCGCUACGACCUGCACGCUCAGGAGAAAUACGAGGAAUUUGAGAUCAUGACAGAAAGAUACGAGACGGAUGUAUACUCUGUAAGGACAUGCAUGGAUGAAUGCAGGAUGGUAUACAAGCCCUGGCUCUGCGCUCAGUACUUCCAGGGCAGCCAGUCCAACUGUAGCCACAGAGUGUCCUGUGAGCGCUACUGUCUCGAGGUGCAGCAGAAGUGUCCCUUCAUAUUGCCUGACAACGACGAUCUCAUACAUGGUGGGACUCCCAGUUUUAUAUGCACAGGGCUCCCGGAAAAGCCAAACGCUGAAGAGGAGCAGUGCUGUGACGUGCGGUGGGAGCUCAAAACCAACAACCGCUUGCGUGGCACUUUCAGAAGGACUCACCCCUCCUGCCAGCACACAUCCAUGAGCGCCUCGGGGGCACCGCGGUUGGGCCAGGGUAGACUCAAGCUCUGCCUGCUAGUACUGGUCCUCCUCCACACCGUGGCAACCAUGACCGCCAACCAGAACUCCACAUGCCUGGCCACCAUCUUUCCACUGGAGGACAACGCCCCCAGGGAGGAGUGAUUGGACGUUGGCAGGGGCUAGCUCUAGCAAAUCAGCAUGCUCUGAACCAUCUCCCACAGGGCUCGUCAGCGAAAAGAGCCCAUCCGCCAGUGAGGAGCGGGCGGUGCCCGGGCCGACCCGGGUCGAACUGGGCGUGUCGGGCGUGACGGUCACUCCCGGUCAAUCCCUAGCUGCGCUUUACAUGUUCAGUGCUCUAUAGACCCCAGGUAGGAGGAGCAGUGGGAUACAGGAGAAAUGCAAGAGGAGAGGAAGACGAGGAAUUCAGUCCGUGCCCUACCAAGACGUCAGCUCUGUCACUGUUCUAAAACGCACGCAUUUGGAAACUGACACAGGCACACACACACACACACACACACACACACACACACACACACAUAGACUCUUUCACACCCAU